CUGAGCCUCUGGGCUAGACACACCCCUGGGUCACACUGUGAGGGUAGCUUGGUGAGUGGGUCCCACCACUGCAAUGACCAAAGCUGUGCUGGGCUCACACCAGUGAAGCAAGGCUCUCCCAGUCUGGCAUUCCGAGAAGACCUUACACUUGGGCUCAAGGCAAGGAUGCGUGAAAUUGUACACAUUCAGAUUGGCCAGUGCGGCAACCAGAUUGGAGCCAAGUUCUGGGAGGUGAUUGGCGAGGAACACGGGAUUGAUGCGGCCGGGAGUGACCGGGGGGCCUCACCCCUGCAGCUGGAGAGAAUCAGCGUGUACUACAACGAGGCCUACGGUAAGAAAUACGUGCCCAGAGCGGUCCUGGUGGACCUGGAACCUGGGACGAUGGACAGCAUUCGAUCGAGCAGAUUAGGAGCCCUCUUUCAACCAGACAGUUUUGUCCACGGGAACUCUGGGGCCGGCAACAACUGGGCGAAGGGCCACUACACGGAGGGUGCCGAGCUGCUGGAGAACGUGCUGGAGGUGGUGAGGCAGGAGAGCGAGAGCUGCGACUGCCUGCAGGGCUUCCAGAUCGUCCACUCCCUGGGCGGGGGCACGGGCUCCGGGAUGGGCACCCUGCUCAUGAACAAGAUCAGGGAGGAGUACCCGGACCGGAUCAUGAACUCCUUCAGCGUCAUGCCGUCCCCCAAGGUGUCAGACACGGUGGUGGAGCCCUACAACGCCGUGCUGUCCAUCCACCAGCUGAUUGAGAACGCAGACGCCUGCUUCUGCAUCGACAACGAGGCCCUCUAUGACAUCUGCUUCCGCACCCUGAAGCUGACCACGCCCACCUACGGGGACCUCAACCACCUCGUGUCCCUCACCAUGAGCGGGGUCACCACCUCACUGCGGUUCCCUGGCCAGCUCAACGCCGACCUGCGCAAGCUGGCGGUGAACAUGGUCCCCUUCCCCCGCCUGCACUUCUUCAUGCCCAGCUUUGCCCCGCUCACAGCCCAGGGCAGCCAGCAGUACCGCACCCUCUCCGUGGCCGAGCUCACCCAGCAGAUGUUUGAUGCCCGAAACACCAUGGCUGCCUGUGACCCCCGCCGUGGCCGCUACCUGACCGUGGCCUGCAUCUUCCGGGGCAAGAUGUCCACCAAGGAAGUGGACCAACAGCUGCUCUCUGUGCAGACCAGGCACAGCAGCUGCUUCGUGGAGUGGAUUCCCAACAACGUCAAGGUGGCCGUCUGCGACAUACCCCCUCGGGGGCUGAGCAUGGCGGCCACCUUCAUCGGCAACAACACUGCCAUCCAGGAGCUCUUCAACAGGGUCUCUGGGCAUUUCUCAGCCAUGUUCAAAAGGAGAGCUUUUGUGCACUGGUACACCAGCGAAGGCAUGGACAUAAACGAAUUUGGGGAAGCUGAAAGUAAUAUCCAUGAUUUGAUCUCUGAGUACCAGCAAUUUCAAGAUGCCAAAGCAGUUCUAGAGGAGAAUGAAGAGGUUGUGGAAGAGGCAGAAAUGGGACCGGAAGAUGAGAAACACUGACCAUGAGAAGCUGUGUGGUGGGGUUGCUUACAGAACAGUGUCCCCGAGGUAUUUUUCCUGCAGCACUCCAAAGCCUAUCUGCACGGCAGUGCAGUGAAUAUGCACUUAGCAUUAGCUUGACACAGGCACAGUGGGAGGGGGGUGGGGGAAGCAGCUGAUUGGCAUUAGGGUCUUUGGCUAACACUAACCGUGAAGAGUUUGAAUUCAACACACACUCAUUAUCUUUUCCUUUUUAAUAGCAAAGUGAAUUUAUUGUCAAACACUCCCUUUGUUUUAAAGUGUUUACUGGGUAUUUACUGUGUGCAGAACCCUGUGGCAGGCAGGCAGACCACACGUGUGGAUUUGCAGCGAGCCACCACAGUUGACAUUAAUUUUUGAACUUUAACACCACUGACAAGUACCCUGGAACCCUUACUUGGCAUCCUGGCGCCGCCAGGACUCUUACCUUAGAUUCUCUUGUCUUAAACACUGACUGGCCUCCUGCUGCCUUCCUGUGCUCGCCGGCCCAGGCGACUAACUAGUGAGUGGGGGUGAGACGGAUGGUAAAGGUGCGUCAGCAUCCACUAGAAACUGUGCAGCCCUUGUGUACAACUCAACACACUAACCAGAAGAGGAAAGAGGGAAAAAAGAAAAGUUAAUCCUCUCCACAAAAAUACCUGGCUAAAAAAUGAAAAAACAAAAAAUGACAGGCAAAACUAAAGAACUCCAGUCCUCUUACCUUCACUUCUGAAUAGCUAGCUUUAACAUAUAUAUUUACAUAUUUUAAGUUGCAUAUUAGUGUAGAUCCCAAGAAUUCAUUAAUAAUCAUCUUUGGUUUUCCUUUUAAAGGCUAUUUUGAAAUGCCCUUUCACUUUAAUUUGGUAAUCACCCCUGAAAAUGCUCUGCAGCCUCUUUGCUCUUUGAGAAAGGGCACAGCGUAGGCUCGGCAACCAUUCAAAUGUAGGAAUUAACAGCAACGGCUGCAGUGUCCUUCUUGGUUACGGAGGACGUCGUCUCAUUAGGGAACUUUUACAGUUGAAAUUAAUUUGCAGAAGUUGCCAUAAAUGUUUGCAUGAUAACAUAGCUUUAACCAUUACAUGACUUUAAUCUGUUCAUGUUACAACAGGACCAAAACACAGGACCGUAAUCAAAUCAUCCACAACUUCUUAAUCACAGUUUACCUAUUUCUGACACCUGGCACUGCCACCCCUCCCGGCACCAUAAGGAUCUUAACGGCCUUCUAGAAUCACCACUGAGCUAUACUGUUUGAUCCGUGGAUAUCUGGUAAUGGGAAAUGCUCCGACCCUCACUGCAGGAAAUUAUUUACUUGCAGACAACUAGGUUGUCAUCUCCUGAUUUGGUUUUGUAAUCGGCAAUAAUAAAGUAUCAGGUGGAUGGAUGACAGUUGCUCAUUCUGAGAAACUUCACUCUUUUCAUGUAUGUAUCACAAGGAAUUAA